GCGACUCUGCGGAAAUUUGAUAUGCCGUUAUAACGCGUACUAAUACAGGUUAACUACUAAAAUUGAGAUGGCUGACGUCAGAGAGCAGCUACUUUCCACUGAGCAGAAGCAUAAACUUUUCAAACAACAGCAGUUUAUAUUUAUAACGGCUCUUGAGCGCUCGAGGGAGCACGCCAGGGACAAAACGCAGCCUGUCUCCACCGUGACACAGGUCCAAAGGUACUUGAAUCACCACUGCAGCAAUUCCACAGACAGACGCAUCUUCUUGCUCUUUUUGGAAAUUAUUUCAGGUCUUGAAGGUGUUUUAAAACAUUUGGAGUCCUCACUGUCAAGCAAAAACACUUCUAGUGAGGGGCUGAACACUUGCAGGGAGAUCCUGAGCCCCAACAGCAACAUCAGUCAGCUAAGAGCACACUAUCCACACAAUGAGAUCAACCGGCUAAGCUGUGAUGAAGCAAGAAAUUUCUAUGGUGGGAUUGUGAGUGUGAUUCCACUGGCUCUAGACCUCCUCAACACCUACAGCAGAGGUGCUCAACGUGUCACUCCAACAGCUACAGAAACAUCUCAACAAACGGUUGCAAAAAAUGCAGAGAUGGUUGAAGGCCUUGAUAAAGACACCAGUAACAAACGGAGUAGAUAUAAAAAAGGUGCAGGUGGCUGGCAUGCUGGAAAACCAGCCUGGAAGCCACCAGGAAAUACAAGGAGAUAA